UGGAUCUCCUCUCGCAUGUUAGUGGUAAGCACAAACAGUACGUUAAUCUUUUUGGGGAGUGACAAAAUCAUAUACUGAACAUGUUACAUACUAAUUAGAUGCGUGCUUAUGGCGCUGAUGGUGGCUGAACCGUCACACAGCGGUGGUGUGUAACCCUUCCCCAGUCAUUUUCUCCUCUUCUUCUUUCCUCCUCUCUAUUCUAUUCUCCCAUAUUUCUCUUUCUCCCUCUCUCCUCCACUAUUUACCAUCUCUUUCGACGAACAAGAGAGGAGUUGCAGUGGCGAAACUCUUCUGUUAUUCUCGUUCAAUUCAUCCUAUCUCCUGGAAAAAAUCCAACUGAUCCUCGACCUCACUAUAUCCCUCAUCAUUCCCUCUUAACCUUUCAUCAUUUUCCAACUCUCCCACUCCAUCGACCCUUUCCUCUUUAGUUUCCCCGUUCGGAUAGAAGAAUUCGACGCAGCGGCCACAGAGAUCUCGCCGGUCAAAGAAACUCAACCCGGCAUUGCGUAUUGCUCCCAUGAGUCUAUAGGUUGUUCUCCUCCGGAGCCAUAUCUGUUCGAGUGCUAACUAUCCAAAGCCGAAGUAGACUUGAAGCUCAUCUGUACUGCUGUAUUCAUCGUCCGUGGAGUAGAUCCGGACGCAACAAUGGUCGCCUGAGCUCCCAUCCUCGACCAGUUGGCGAAGUUCAUUACUGAACCUCCCUCUUAGCUCCAUUAACAUCCUGAUCAAUCUCCGUGAAAUUCGAAGACGAGUGACGCUCACCGGAAGCUCAGCCGAAGCUCCCUCCCUUUGUUCUGUUGAUCGAUUUUGGGUUCAGACACAGUCAGCUUGGGCUAUAGCUAUUAAACAAGCUUUUGCUCGUCUUUUAAUGGUUACAGGUCAUGAUAGAAGCCCCAUGUAUAUUUCUUGCAAGUUGUGAUAUAUGGGGUUGCAGUAAAUGCCAGGAUUGGGCUUGAUUUGACAGUAGCCUUAAUUUUCGGUAUCGAGUUUUCUGGCGUCCCGGCAACAGAACCAGGGUUUUUAAUGUUUUCCUUCCACAAAUUUACUUGUUCAAAGAAGUCAAAGUAGGGACAAUUGGCUGAAUCUUCAAGGAACGCCUCAUACCUGAGACUUGGGUUUCUAAAUACACCUUUUAAAAUUGAAUCCUGUAGCCGUAUUAUCGAAAAUGGGAGCUGUUAAAUUGGAAUUGCAUUAUCCCAAAAGUAUUAAUGGGGUAACUGUGGAUCCCCAACCGGAUUGGAGUCCAGAGGGGCUUAUAUCAGAGUUGAAAUCAUUAGAGUUGAAGCUCAAUCCCUCUUCUGUUGUUCCCGAACAUUUUAUCAAAACAAGAAUUCGGGAAGAUCCCAAUGCCAAGGAAACUAACAAGGGACCCUCGGCUUUUGUCAUGCGUAUUUCUGAUAAUGAAACAGAGGACACAGAAAGUGAGGACGAAGAGGUCCUUGCUCAAAAUUUAGUUGUUAGCAAGCGAUUCUCUUGCAAUGAACUUUACACAAGUGGCACUGAUGAUUCUGAAGAUGAAUUGGUUAUUGAAGCAACUCAGACCCAGUUGAUGGAGAAAGUAGGGGUACCUGAAGUUGUUUUGUUUGAACUAGAUGAAGAACACCGACGAGGAAUUAAGGAAGAAAUUAGGAAUGUUAUAUCUGCAUUGGAGACAGAUCUGGUUAAUGAAAGUGAGAGGUCUACCAAUGCACUCAUUCAAGUUGAGAAAUAUACAGAAGCAAGGAGGGAAAUGGACAGGAAACUAGACACACAGUAUCAACGCAAAAUUGCAGAAGCACUGGAUAACCACUUAAUUGCUGUCCAAAGGGAUCAUGAACACAGAUCCCAAAUAGAAGAAAGGAGAAUAAGAAAUGAUGCGGCUUUUGAAGAGGCCAAGAGAAAGGAAAAGGCUCUCCAAGAGGAAAAGCUGCGCCAAGAAAAAGCCAAAGCAGAAGCAGAGGCUAGACUUGAAGCUGCAAGAAAGAGAACUGAAGAAAUGCAGAAAGCAGCUUUAGAAGCUGAGAGAAGGGCAGUCAAAGAAGCUGCAGAAAGGAGGGCUACUGAAACUGCAAAACCUGAUUCUGCUGCAGUAACAGAAAAGGAAGGUAUUCACCACAAGAUGGAUGCAAAUGCAGAAGCAGUAAAAGAAGAAACAGAAAAAGGGUCCAGUAAAGCGCAUUCAGCAGCAGGUAGCUUACUUAAGGUUGCAGAAAGUGCACUUAGACAAGAGGAAGAAAGGUUACGGAGGUACAAUGAAUUAGUUGAACAAAACCAGAGAUUGAAAUCAGCUUCCAAUAAGGAUUUUCGUAGCUAUGAGCGGCAGAUUGUUAGGCACAUAAAGCAAAUAACUGGGGAAAAAGAUGUUGUUAGAGCAAAAGCAAAGGAGCUGAUGAAAAUUUUCAAUGAUCCAAAUUGUCCUCAGUCAAUCAGUGUUGCCAUGUUUGCCAAGAAGGUUGUUUCCCAGUGUGAAAAUCCAAGUGCAGAUUUUGGUAGUACUUCUUUCGCUUGUGCACAUGUCAUUGUUCUUGUUACUUCACAGGUCCCACUUGCGAUGGAUCUUAUUCUUGCUGAGUUCCACAAGGCUUGCAUCUACACUGUUCCAAAGUACAUGGAGUACUCAGAGUCAGCAUUCAAAACAAAAGGAGCUUAUUAUAAAAUGAUUGGCUAUCAAGAAGAAGAUGGGGGACUUGAAAGCACUGAACGUUACGUGGAACGUGUAGAAUCUUAUUUGAAACUCUAUGCUGCAUUAGUUCAGACAGAAGCUGAUGGGGUCCAGAAUAUGCAUGGCCUCAAGGAGGGGUGGGCAUGGCUUGCAAGGUUCCUGAAUGCUCUCCCAGCCAACAGAUACACAGCAACUGCACUAGAAGCUUUCCUGAAAAUGGCAGGUUUUGCUCUCUUUCGCAAAUACAAAUCUCAGUUUAUGAAGAUCUUGAACAUUAUCUCUCGCAACUUUGUGGAUGCACUGGAAGCACAAAGAGAUCCAAAGCUGAACCAUGUCAUAACAUUGAUCAAAUCCUACUUGGGAAAAAAGACGUUUCUUCAGGAACCAGAAGGAUGGAGACUGCAGACUUCUGUUUUGUCAGAUUCCUGUGUUACCGAUUCAGAGUCUGGCUUCUAUCAACAACAGUACUAUCAUCAGCCAAAUAGGUAUUUAUACCAAUAUUGACUGAAUAUAAACAGAUGGUUGUAUCUCACUUCAACUGCUAAAGUUCAUCUCACAAACUUCAGUGGUUUAUAUUGUGUAUUACCCUCUUUUGUCAAUAGUUUAUUAAAGAAAUGAUAGAAGAAAUGUAAAUAUUAUUGGUAUUACAACCAUUUACAUAACAUUUGGAAUUUUGCUUUCCGAUCACAAAUGGUCUUUCGCAUCCUAAGAUGCACUUUCCACCAUUUCUGCAAUCUAGUCAUUACGCUUGAUACAAGAACUAUCAAGUUUUUUGUCUGAUUUCUGCUCGGAUGAAGCUGUGAAAGAGUCCUUGAGAGCGAAAUCUUCCAUUGUUUCUCAGAUUACCUCACUUGUCCGUAACAGCAUUUCUUGGAAUGUAAAGUAUUCUUAAUUUGAACGCUGUUUUCCUA